AUGACUACUAAAACUAUUGCUACACUCAGCAAUGAAGGAACUCGUUCGGUAAAAAAUAAAGGCGUGAGCUCAGAAGGGACGUCCAUAAUCGACAAAAUUCACGCCGCGAUCCGAUUAAUCGAAAACAACAUGAAAUUUGUGGAAUAUGAUUUGUUGGCACAAAACCCUCGAAGAUUUGAAGAACUGAAGAAAAUUCUUCUCAAGGUCAACAAGUUGACCAAUCGAGUUGUAAUUCCGGUCAGCGAUGAGUCAUUCAAAUCAGCAAUCGAUCGGCUUGCAAUGGAGUUUAGCGAUGAGGACAGUGGAGAGGUCGCCUCUUAUAUUCCGAAGCUCGCUGAAGCCAAUCCGAAAGAUUGGGCGGUUUCAAUAUGCACCGUGAACGGCGAAACGCACAGCUUCGGGGAUCACACGAAAUCGUUUAGUCUACAAAGUGUCUCGAAGGUAUUCAUGUACGCGUUGACUUAUGAGUUGAUUGGUGUCGACAAAAUCAACGAACGAAUUGGAACAGAGCCGUCUGGAAGGCCGUUCAACUCGAUGGACUUGGAUCAAAGCAAUAAGCCAUUCAAUCCAAUGGUGAAUGCUGGCGCCAUUAUGCUCACUUCGCUAUAUCGACCGAAAGAGGAGUUCCCAGAUCGGUAUCGCAAGUCGGUCGAAGGAAUCAACGAGUUUGCCUAUCCUCACUCAACCGGCUACGAUCAUUUGGUCUACUUGUCGGAAAUCGAAACCGCUCACAUUAAUCGGGCGAUUUCUUACCGAAUGCUGGCGAACAAGGCGUUUGCAGCAGACGUCGAUAUCGAAAAGAACUUGGCGUUUUACACGCAAAAUUGCGCGAUGACCGCCACCACUGAUGUUUUGGCGGUGAUGGGUGCAACAUUGGCGAACAGCGGGGUGAAUCCGAUUAGUAAGAAAAGAGUUAUUAGUGAGAACUGUUGUCGCGACACGCUCACAAUUAUGUCCACUUGCGGACUUUAUGACUAUUCCGGCGAAUUCGCGUUCAAGAUUGGACUUCCCGCGAAAUCCGGAGUUUCCGGCGCAUUGCUUAUUGUGGUGCCCGAAGUGAUGAGCAUCGCCAUGUACAGUCCGAAGUUGGACACAUGCGGAAACUCGGUUCGCGGAAUCAAGUUUGCUGAGAAGUUGGUUCAAUGCUUCAAUCUUCAUCCGUAUGAGAAUUUUACCAACUCGUUGCCGAGCAACAUCGAUCCUGGGGAUGCGCAACGACAAAUCCAAGAGGAUUCGCAAGAAGUGCCGACGACUUGA